AUGCUGCAGUACACACUGGUGCGGCGUAUGCAGUACGGCUCCACACCGAAGGAUAUUCGCUACGGCAUGGAGGCCCGCAAGGCGUUACUUCUCGGCGUGGAGAAUCUCGUGAAGGCCGUUGGGGUGACUUUAGGGCCAAAGGGACGCAACGUGGUGCUGGAGAUGCCGUACGCCGGUCCAAAGAUCACAAAGGACGGCGUCACAGUUGCAAAACACAUUGAGUUUGAAAACAGUUUUGAGAAUUUGGGUGCCAAUCUCGUACGGCAGGUGGCGGGACUCACAAAUGACAGCGCCGGCGAUGGGACAACAACUGCCACUAUUCUUUCUGGUGCUAUUUUCCGUGAGGGAUUUCGCAGUGUGGCGACUGGAACGAAUCCAAUGGAUUUAAAACGUGGUAUUGAUCUUGCAUGCCGUGAGGUGCUGGUCUCAUUAGCGGAGCAGGCGAAACCGGUAACUUCCAAAUCAGAGAUUACACAAGUCGCCAUGAUUUCAGCAAACAUGGAUGAAGAGAUUGGGGCUCUUAUUGGAGAUGCAAUGCAACAGGUGGGAAAAGAUGGUGUUAUUACCACACAAGAGGGUCGUUCACUUAACACUGAACUUGAACUGGUGGAGGGAAUGUCAUUUGAAAGAGGAUUUACCUCACCAUACUUUGUAACCAAUACAAAAUCGCAGAAGUGUGAGUUGGAGAAUGCAUUAGUAUUUGUGGCUAAUCGUAAAUUAUCAAGUGUUUCACAUAUACUACCUGCUCUUAACUAUGCUAUUCAACAGAAGCGGCCUCUGCUGGUUAUAUCAGAAGAUUUAGAGGGAGAAGCAAUGCAUACCUUUUUAUAUAAUAAAAUGCAGGGACGAAUUGGGGGAUGUUCUGUAAAGGCACCUGGUUUUGGUGAUAUGCGAAUUAAUCAAUUACAGGAUAUAGCUGUCUUUACGGGAGCACAAAUGAUUUCCGAAGAUCUUGGGCUCAAUCUUGAUCACAAUGACUUCUCUGAUCGUUUUCUCGGUUCUUGCAAGAAGGCGACUAUAUCCCGUGAUGAAUGUAUUCUAAUGGAGGGUGGUGGAAGUGCUAUUGCGGUAGAAGAACGUGUACAGAUGAUACGAGAUAUGAUUGCUGCUGAGGACCAUGAAUACAAUCGUGAACGACUUGUGGAGCGUCUGGCGAAAUUAUCAGGUGGUGUUGCUGUUAUAAAAGUUGGCGGCGCCUCUGAAGUUGAAAUAAAUGAAAAAAAAGAUCGUAUUGUAGAUGCACUCAACGCUACACGUGCAGCAGUGGCAGAAGGUAUUCUAGCAGGCGGCGGUACAGCACUUCUUAUCGCUUCUGUACGUCUAGACAGCAUUACAAAAGAUCGUAGUUUACCUCCAGAUAUUCGUACAGGUGUAAAUAUUGUAAAAAAAGCCAUUCGUCUGCCUGCCCGUUGUAUCGCUAGUAACGCUGGUGUAGAAGGAAGUGUUGUGGUUGGAAAAAUUAUGAAAAAGAAUGAUCCAACUUAUGGAUAUAAUGCACAAACUGGUGAGUAUGUGAAUAUGUUUACGGCUGGUAUUGUAGAUCCAAUGAAAGUUGUGAAGUCAGCGGUAGUAAAUGCCUGUUCAGUGGCCGGUAUGAUGAUAACUACGGAAGCCGCAGUGGUGGAGAAGGAUAUGCUGGCGAAGGAGACACGUGUGGAGGAUAGAGGUAUGGAGGAUAAGGAGAAGCGGGAAGGACUAAACACUAUGCGUAAACGUGUGAAUGAGUCACAGGCACCAUUGCCAGCGCUUUCUCCACCAAUGAAGUUCCCUAUGAAGGGAAUAUAG